AUGGCGAUGUCACGUGAACGAUCAGAAUCUGUUAAAAGUGUAGCCACAAGUUUGGAUGCUAAUAAGGAUGAUGUACCGCUGUACUACUGCGAUAGAAAUCUGUUCACUAAACUACCAAAUACCACCAAGAAAGCCGAGGGUUCGUUGUAUGCAGCAACAGGUUUAGCGUUAUUGUUCAUUAUUGCCGAAGUUAUCGGUGGCUAUCUGGCAAAUAGUUUAGCAAUAAUGACCGAUGCCGGACAUAUGGUAUCUGAUUUAACUGGUUUUACAUUCUCACUAAUUGCGAUACGUUUUGCCAGAAAAAAACCCACACAGCAGUAUUCAUUUGGCUAUCAUCGAGCCGAAAUACUUGGUGCUAUAGCCAGCAUAAUUUUAAUUUGGGCUCUAACAGCAGUAUUAGUCUAUAUGGCUAUUAUGAGGAUUAUCAGCAAUAAAUAUGAAGUUGAUGGAAAUUAUAUGCUGAUUACAGCAAGCAUCGGCAUAGCUUUCAAUUUGAUUAUGGGUGCUGUACUUCAUAUUGGUAAUUCGGGCCAUACACAUUUUGGAGUUUCAAAUCAUGGACACUCCCAUCAGGACCAUCAGGCAAACAUAAACGUUCGUGCAGCACUAAUACAUGUCAUUGGUGACCUCGUGCAGUCUAUUGGCGUCUUAAUAGCAGCACUGAUCAUUCGAUUUACUGGUUGGAAAUAUGCAGACCCAAUCUGUACUUUCCUGUUUUCCAUCCUUGUCCUGAUUACAACGAUAACAGUGCUUCGAGAUGCGCUUCUGAUACUAAUGGAAGCUGCCCCAAGAAAUCUGGACGUCAAGGCAUUGCAUUUAGACCUCUGUUCCAUUGAUGGAGUUCGCGACGUACACUCUUUACGAGUUUGGUCUUUGACCAUGGACAAAACUGCUAUAUCCGUACACCUAGAUACAGAAAAAGGAUGUGACUCCACCCACGUAGUGCAUGAAGCAAACGAACGGCUUCGGUCGAAAUAUGGCAUUUACUAUAUUACUGUACAAGUCCAAUGUGUUUGCAGCAGGUCUGUAUCAAUGCAGACGUUAAUUCCUAUCUCCGCUUCAUCUGGUAAUUUAUCACCAAAUACUGAUUACAUAGAAAGAGUGUGACC